UCGCACAUUACUACUUUUGAAAUCAAGCCUCAAUGGAUAGGUCUUCCCAAUUUUCCCUUCUUACAUCACUUUUGCUACUUCAAUGGUUUAUGAAUUAUAGCUCAGCCAUCUCAGAUGUCAACUCAGAUCGUUCUUCACUUCUUACCUUAAAAUCUCAAAUCACUUCAGACCCACAAAAUAUAUUGACCCAAAAUUGGAGCACUGAAGCCAGUGUUUGCAGUUGGAUCGGAGUUACUUGUGAUUCACGUUACAAUAGGGUUACUCAGCUGAAUAUAUCGUACAUGGGUCUUGUCGGAACCCUCCCACUAGAAAUCGGGAAUCUUUCUUCUCUCGUUUCUUUAGCAGCGAACGAGAACUCUUUUCAUGGCCCCAUUCCCCCAUCUAUCUUCAACUUGUCGUUUCUAGAAGUUUUGGAUCUAAGGAAUAAUAGUUUGUCUAGUAGUCUACCUCUUGAUAUGUGCAGACACAAUCUGCAUAGACUCAAGAGGCUUCGUAUAUCUUACAACGAGAUGUAUGGGGAAAUACCAUCGAGUUUGGAGAAGUGUUCGCAGCUUGAGUUUAUUUCUGUGUACAACAACAAUUUCAGUGGAUUUUUGCCGAGAGAAAUUGGGAACUUGACGAAGCUUCAAACGUUGUACGUUGGUGCCAACAAUUUAAGUGGUGAUAUUCCAAAAGAGAUCGGUGGUCUCACUAAUUUACAAGUUUUGGACAUGAGUUCCAACAGCUUCAAUGGACACCUGCCGACAGAAAUUGGAAACUUGACAAUGCUUCAAUGGUUGGACCUUGGUACCAACAAGUUAAGUGGCAUUUUACCUGCAAGUAUUUUCGGAAUGUCAUCACUGGAAGCCAUGGUGUUCAAAUCCAAUAAACUUAUUGGACCAUUACCAAGAGAAAUUGGUAACCUCACAGCCCUUAUCUUAAUAAGCCUUGAAGAUAACAGUUUCAGUGGUAAUAUUCCGAAAGAAGUUGAUCUUCUUACUAAUUUAAGGGAGUUGAGAUUGGACAACAAUGAAUUUAAUGGAUCAUUGCCGAUAGAAGUUGGAAAUAUAACAGCAAUGUUUGUGCUGUCCAUUUAUAACAAUGCGUUAAGUGGUACAUUGCCAUCAACAAUUUUUAAUAGAACUUCUUUUCGAUAUAUUGACUUGACAAACAAUAAAUUUACUGGAGUUUUGCCAAGGGAAAUUGGGAACUUGAAAGAACUUAUUGGAAUAGGCCUGUCCACAAAUUCAUUUAGUGGUCACAUUCCAAAAGAGAUUGGUCAGCUUGAUAAUUUGAUAAGGUUGAUGCUCGGGGGAAAUAAAUUUAGUGGAUCAUUACCAAAAGAGAUCGGGAACAUGACAUCUCUUAAUGAAUUAAUGGUAAAUGGAAAUAAUUUAAGCGGUAAUAUUCCAAAAGAAAUUGAGAACAUGACAGCCAUUCGUGAGUUGUGGCUUUUCAACAAUAAUUUAAGUGGUCCCAUACCUUCCAUCAUUGGAAAUCUAUCAGAACUGGCUAUUCUUUUAUUCUACUCCAACAAAUUAAAUGGAGAAAUUCCAUCAUCUAUUUGCAAGUUGAGAUCCCUUCAAUUUCUGCAUUUAUCAAACAACAAUUUGGAAGGAGCAAUUCCAGAGUGCUUGGGCAACUUCAGCAAAUCAUUGGAGGUUCUGCAUUUGAGUGACAAUUUUAUCACAGGCCUCGUUCCAUCAACAUUUACAAAGGAAUGUAGUCUUCAGUCACUUAAUCUGAAUGGCAAUAAAUUGGAAGGUGCACUGCCUCACUCCCUAAUCAACUGCCAAGGUAUUCGAAGCAUUGACAUUGGUGACAAUGAAAUACGAGAUGUGUUUCCCUUCUGGAUGGAAACACUCCCUAGACUCCGCGUCCUCGUCUUGAGGUCUAACAAGUUUGAUGGUAAUAUGUUGCUCGCUUCAAAGGCCGAGCAUCCGUUUCCCAAGUUGCAAGUCUUGGAUAUAUCGAGAAAUGCAUUUUCUGGCUCGUUACCUGAUAGAUAUUUCAAGAAUUUCCAGGGCAUGAUAGAUGCCAAAGAAAACACGACAGAUGAUCAGGACGUGUUUCUAAGAUUUAUAGAGUUGAAGUUCACUUUGAAAGGUUUGGAUCAGACAUUGCUGAGAUUGUUGGAUACCUUUACAACGAUUGACUUAUCCUCCAAUAGAUUCUCUGGGAAUAUUCCAGAUUCCAUAGGAAAUCUUAAUUCUCUGAGAUACUUGAAUUUGUCUCACAAUAAUCUCAUGGGACAGAUUCCUGCAUCUCUUGGAAAUAUAAGUCUGCUUGAAUCGUUGGACUUGUCAUCAAAUAGAUUGGGUGGAGAAAUCCCGAGUGAGCUGGCCAGAUUGACAUUUCUGUCGAAAUUUAACGUUUCAAUGAAUAAUCUCGUGGGGCGAAUACCGCAGUCUACUCAACUUUCCACGUUUCAGAAUGAUUCGUAUAUGGGGAACUCGGGAUUGUGUGGAGCUCCGUUGACGAAACAGUGUGAAAGAAUUGAUGGGAAUAACCCAAUGGUGCCGAAUGAUGAUGAUGAUGAUGAAGAGUCAAGUUUUGUUGAUGGAUUUGGUUGGAGAAGUGUGGUGAUGGGGUAUGGAUGUGGAUUGUUGAUUGGAAUUGGUAUUGGUUGUUUGAUUAUUCGAUGUGCAAGGCCAAAAUGGUUGGUGGAAUUCUUUUUUGGGGUUGGAUAUAAUUAUAAGAGGAGGAAAAAUAAAGCAACAACACGACCAAGGAGACGGUGAUUCAAGACAAAAAUUGUGGUUUUGUUUGAGCUUGAUUUGGAACUCUCGCAUGUUGAGGAAACACUUAAUGUAUGAUGUUUAAUUUUCAAAUAUUGCUUCUGAAUAAUUUGUAAUGUAAUAUUUGUAUGUUGGGGCUCA